GGAAGUUUGGGAGCAAGCCAAAUAUUCCGCCUUGCAUAAAGAAAAUACCCAGUGCAUAACAAACGUACCAGAUACACAGUGAGGCUAGAUUUCUUCCAGCCCAAGUUGAGGUAAGUGAAGUUUAUUCCUACACUAAUACCUAUAGUUUCUCUGUAUCAAAUGUCUGAAAGGAAGUGAGUGCAAUGGGGUGUAAGUGGUUGUUUAUGCAAAAUUAGUAAUUCAUUAGGUAAUUUAUGCAUCAAACUUGGCCUACUGCCUGGAGUGUGUGUGAUGUAAAAACUCUGCUGUCUGGUUUCUUAUUUCAUACUUCAGCUCAGCUUGUGCAGAUAUCAACACAUCUGAAGAGGCCAAGGCCUAAGACUGCAAAAGCCAGAGUGUUUUGUUUGCUACACAAAGAGGUAUGUACAAAUAUAUAACAUUUUACUUUUCAUGCCCGUUACUGGAAACGAGAUUGGGGGAGAAUAUAUUUUUCAGAAUUUGUUCUUUGAGUCCAUAAAGUCAAAAUGUUUAAACAAGAUUGACUUGUAAUUUAUUGGAAGUAAAAAAGGGAUAAUGCUGAGUUUACAGAUGCUGAAAUCUCCCGCUGGAAAUUGUUGUUGAAAUAUGAUUGGAAUGUCUGGCUGUUAAAAAUUCUCCUGAAAAACUGAUCCACUUCCAGAGCUCGGCAGGUCGACCUAACUUAUUUUGAGCAGUCAGUCUUGUCCGGCCAACACUUUACCAUUUCAGUUUCCCAAAUUUCGAGUCUCACCUUGCAAAAAGUAAUCAGAAUUCAGGUCUUAACUUAAAUAGAAUACUUUGACCUAGUUGGAAACUUUUCUUCAAGAAUAAUGUUAUUACGUUUUCACUUGGCAAGAUCUACUGGUUUCUUACCAGCUUGUUUGGCAAAAUGGCAAGCACCCCUAUGAUGGUUUAAAUGCAGAAAUGAUUGAAAUGUUAUACAACAAAUAGUAUGUAUAUAAGGGAUAUAAGGCAAAAAGACAUCGCUAUAUAGUCUUUUUUCAUGUAAUUCUGCUGGGAUAAAGAUAUUUUUUUUCUGGUAAUCCUGAUGGUACUGAUGGUUACAAGGGAAAAUAAUUAUGUCUUAAAACUGGCGACCACAUGAAUAAUUAACUUCCAGGCAAAAAUAAUUAUUUAUCUUGUCAGCAGCUACAAUAGUUUUAAUUUUUAAUAAUUUUUUUCAGUUUAUUCCAUUUGAUUUAGUUAUAGCCAGAUGGUGGGAUACGUGGGGGACAUGCUGUUGUUUUUGGUAGCAGAGCCAUAAGUUUGGGUGCAAGUCAAAUUUUAUUUCCCCAUCCCAUAAAAAAAAUGCCCAGCACAUAUAUUUAACAAACCUGCCAGCUACACAGGCUAGAAUUAGUAGGCUUAUUUGAUUUUUUGAACACAAGAUUUCAAUUUCUAUGGAGCGUUUAAGGUGAUCCAUUUUUUCAAACACCAUUUUUGUUAUUUUAGCCAGUGAAUCAAAAAACAUGACAUCUUAAACCUAUGAAAAAAAUUAUACUUGAGGAUAAAUACUUGAACUCUCAAAUGCAAUGAAAAUGUGGUCAGUGGUUUUUCAAAUAGAUGACAUCAUUAACUGAAGAAAAAAACGCAUGUUAACAAAGAGUAGUAAUAAUAAUAAUAAAUAUUUUAUUAUUGUUGAAGGGCUCCACACAAAAAUGUCCCCACGCUCUCUUCCUUUUUGUAGGGACGUUUUCCCAUGGAUCCUUUGUCAGUUAUAAACCUCUCAAAGUGUAGCCUAACCCUUAUUUACAUUAACACAGGAGAACCCAGCUCUAGUGUCAGUUCGACAACAUGGCAUGGAGAGAUGAUGGAUCUGGUAACCUGACAGUUUCUGGAGCAAAGGUUAGCUUCACUGGGAGUGGCAACUCCAAGGCGAAUGCUAUCUGGAGUCAAGGCGGAACUGGGAGUUGGGAGUUUAAAGUGACUGGAAGUUCUGGAACGUGAGUGGGAGUCUCUGCUGAGGAUAAGUUUGCAGCUGGUUGGGGGAUGAAGGGAUUGUUCUAUGGCGGGCCGGGCAACUUGAGUGAUGGUAGUAGCCUGGUGACCAGUAACUGGAGACCUAAGUUUGGUGAUGGUGAUGUCAUUGGAAUGCGGUUGGAGCAGACUUGUGACAAGACUGUGCUGGCAUUCUCUAAAAAUGGAAGUGGAUUGGGAGUGGCAUUUGAUAUUUCCCGCUACCGUGGCAUGGAGUUCCGUCCAGCCGUUUCCAUGGAUGAAGCGGGACAGGGUGUGACAAUCUCUGAGACUUCUACCUCUAGCUUUGGAUGCUUUCCAGCUUGUUCCCACUGCAAGACAAGGGGUGGAAGGAGACUGGCAGGGAAGGUUCAAGCUGAUGAUUGAGAAAACUGGAGAAGGAGCCUGGCACAUUUCAGCCGAAGUGGCCAACGUUAUAUCCUGCAAUGUAACUCAGAGUGCUGAUGGUAAACUUGUGUCAGGACCAGUCAUGUCAACAAGGAUGAUGCCACCUCCAGAGCUCCAGCCGCUGGAGAAUGAGGCUUCCUCCAUCCUGAAAGGUCUGACUUCACUCAGAAGGGAAGGAGAGACCCUGGCGCUGAAAGGAGGUGGAAAGAAGGAGAUCUUUACACCUGCUGCUGGACCAGGUCCUGCUACCAAGGACAGUGUCAACUGGAUGCAUUGAAAAUCCUUCCUGUCCACUAAAAGGAGACCUUUACCAAAAUUCAUAUCCUGUGAUUAAAUUUUCACAGAAUUGUUUAAUUGUUU